CCUACCUGCUGGCUUUCGAAGCCAUAGAGAGGGCGAGAGAGGCAGAGAAAGCGAGGAAGCAGAGGGGCAUCGGGGAAAGGGCGGCUGUUCGUUAUAGGGGAUUAGGGAUUCAACAAGUUUUUUGGGGCUUUUGGGGGCUUUUGGUUUCUUUGAGGGAGGCAGGAGGAAGAAGAAGGAGAAGAAAGUAGCUGCGGGGAGGUGAAGAGAAGAGAAUGGGGAGGAGCAGAAGAGGCAGAUUAGGGAAAGGAGGAGGAGGCGGAAAGGGAGAGGGAAAGGCUCGAGUAGGAUGAGGAAGGGUCUCUGGCGGCCGUCGUUGCUAGGAGGCAGGGUUUCAACGGUGAAGGAAGAGAUAUCACCAGCACCAGCACCGCCACUACCAUCAUCAUCGACGUCUUGUUUUCUUUCCCGACCGCUUUCCAAAUUCAUCCUCCUAGUCACUGGCUAUUUUUUUGGUGGAAUUGCAUCGAGAAGGAAGAGAAGUUUGGCUGCUACUUGUUCCGUUUGUCGUGUGGCUGCUGGAGCACCAUGACUAGUGAGAAGGUGCUGGUCUGUGUGAUACACUUUGGUGGUACACUCGUGCAAAACAGUGAUGGGUCCAAUUCAUAUACUGGUGGAGAAGCGCACCUCUUGGAUGUUGAUCGUAAUAUGACACUUGAUCAAUUUAGAUCUGAAAUUGCAGAGAUGUGCAAUAGUGAUGCAUCUACAUUGUCAUUUAGAUAUCCUCUUCCAACAAACAAACAAACUCUUAUAACAAUUUCAAAUGACAAGGAUUUGAGACGGAUGGUCGAUUUUCAACAUCAAUCUCCUGAAGUUUAUGUUCUAGCUACUGAAGCUCCUCCUCCCAAAGUAAAUGCUCCCAAAGCAAAUGCUUCCAAGGCGAAUGCAUCGAAGGCAAAUGCUUCGAAGGCAAAUGCUCCAAAGGCAAAUGCUCCAAAGGCAAAUUCUGCUCCUAAUACGAAUGUCUCAAGCAGGGCUGCAACACCCAAAAAAAAUGUUUCUCAUGCUGUAGUGCCUAGUAAAAGAAAAGCCUCUGAGGACCCAAGUAAUGCUGUAAGCGGGUCAGCAAUACUACCUGUUUCCACUGAUGAUAGUUUGAAGAGGCCAGCCAUUUUUGGAGAGAAUACCAUUAUUGGUGUGGGUCAGUUAUUUAAAGAUGCUCAUGAAUUUCGUGAUGCAUUACGCAAGUAUGCUAUUGAUAAGCGUUUUGCAUAUGAAUUUGUAAAAAAUGACGGUUCUCGUGUCACUGCAAAAUGUAAAGCAGAGGGUUGUCAAUGGCGGAUACAUGCUUCUAAGAUAUCACGGACAAAAAUUUUUAAGAUCAAAACAAUAAAUGGUGAGCAUACCUGUCAAGGAGAUUCGAGAGCGGAGAGUUAUCUGUCUCCAACUAAGCAUUUGGUUGCAAGUUUGAUAAAAGAAAAGCUUAGGAACUCUCCAGACUAUAAGACAAAAGAGAUUGUGAAUGACAUUCAACGUGAUUAUGGAUUGAAGAUAAAUUACAUGCAAGCAUGGCGUGGCAAGGAAUUUGCAAGGGAGCAGCUUCUUGGUAAAGAUGUCGACUCAUUGAAGGAGUUAUCCCAGUACUGUGAGAAGGUACUUGAAACUAAUCCAGGUAGCAGGGCUAUAUUAGCAACUGUGAUUGAAGGACAGUUUCAUCGUCUUUUCAUAGCCUUCCAUGCAUGCCUUCAUGGAUUUGAGCAAGGUUGCCGGCCUUUGCUGUUUUUACAUAGUGCUUCUUUAAAGUUGAAGCACCAAGGGGUCUUAUUGGCUGCAACUUCAAUUGAUGGAGAUGAUGGAGUUUUUCCAGUUGCUUUUGCAAUAGUAGAGCAGGAAACAUAUGAUACUUGGCAGUGGUUCCUAGUAGAGUUGAAGAAUGUAUUAUCGGCUCGGUCGCUUACCUUCGUCUCUGAUGGAUUAAAGGGUCUGAAGGAAGUUGUACCAGAAAUAUUUAUCAACAGCGAACAUGCUUUUUGCUUAAGCUACUUGGCGGAGAAAUUGAAGAAAGAAAUGAAAGGGUCGUGGUCAGAAGCAAUGGAGGACGCAUUGGCUGAUCUUGUUUAUACUGCUGCCAGGGCACGAGAAAAUGAUGAAUUUCUUGCUUGCAUUGAAAGCAUAAGGUCUAUACUGCCUGAGGCUGCUGUCUGGAUGAUGGGUAUUGAGCCUGGACAGUGGGCAAAUGUAUUCUUCAAGGGGUCAUGGUACAGCCAAAUCACAUCUGAUAUUGUGGAAUGUUUUGAUAAUUGGAUAUCGAAGGUAGAUGAUUUACCUGUCCUGAAGUUGGUAGAUGCCCUUAGGCGAAGGGUAAUGGAGUUAAUUUAUGCCCGUCGAGAGCUCUCUAACCAAUGGCAGACAAGACUUACACCCAAAUCAGAGGCAAGACUUCAGAGGGAGAUGGAUUAUGCACGUUCUCUUUCUGUUUCUGUCUUCUCAGGAACCAAGUUCAAAGUGAUUGAUGAUCAUGUUAAUGUGGUGGACCUUGAUAUCUGUGAGUGUACAUGCCGCAAUUGGAAGCUUACUGGUUUGCCAUGCAGACAUGUAAUCGUGUCCCUGAAUUGCAUUGGCAGAGAUGUUUAUGAUUAUUGUGAAAGGUACCUCACUGCUGACAGUUACAGAUUAGCAUACUCUGAGCCUAUAAAUCCAAUUCUGGAUGUUGAUAUAGUUGUGAACUCGACCCCGGGAAUAACACGAUACCGCAUGCCAAGUCGACCAGGAGAGUGUCGCCCUAAGAAAAAGCGUGAUGAACUGCAACCAAAUGGGAAAAGACCAUUCCAUUGUAGCAGAUGUAAAGGUCUGGGUCACAACAGGGCCACAUGCAAAAUGCCUAUAUAGCUUGUAAUAAGGAAAAUGUUCUAGAGGUUGUUCCCUGCAUUAGUGGAAGAGAAGGCAUAGUUCUUGGUCAGUUCGUACGUUUAGCUGCAUUUCAUGUAUUGACUGCAUCCAUUUCGAGCUGUAAACAAUAGAACAAGUUUAUCGUUGCAAGUGCAUUUGCUUUUGCCUUCUCAUUUUUCACUUUUGAUAUUACAUGGCGCAAAACUGGUUUAGGCCU